AUGGUGAACAGGGUGGUUGGUGAUGAAGAUAUCAUUCAAAAUAGCGAAUGUGAUUCUGGUUUGGAUCCUCAGAAAGUUGCGGAUGGAGAUUUUGAUGAAGAUGGCAGAUCCAAAAGAACUGGGACUGUGUGGACGGUAACCGCACACAUAGUGACAGUGGUGGUAGGCUUCGGGGUGCUGUCGCUGCCCUGGGGUGUGGCUCAGCUUGGAUGGCUUGCUGGUGUUGCAACUCUACUUGUAUUUGGCAUCAUCACAUUCUACACUUCCAGUCUAUUGGCAGAAUGUUACAAGUCUCCUGUUACUGGCAAAAGAAACUACACUUACAUGCAGGCUGUCCAAACCACCUUGGGUGGAAAGAUGUACAUGGUUUGUGGAUUGGUUCAAUACGCCAUCGUGACUGGGUCGAUUAUCGGCUUUACACUCACGGCAUCAAUAAGCAUGGAAGCCAUACUUAAAUCAGAUUGCUACCACAAAAGAGGUCAUGAUGCCUCGUGCCAGUUCUCUCAUAGACCAUACAUGAUAGGUAUGGGAAUCUUCGAAAUCUUUCUGUCUCAGGUACCCAACAUUGACCAUGUAUGGUGGCUCUCCAUCAUGGCAACACUCACUUCUUUGGGGUAUUCCUUCAUCGGAGUUGGACUUGCCUUGGCUACAAUCAUCUCGGGGCAUGGAAAGAGGACUUCUGUUACUGGAAUUGAAAUAGGGCCGGGUAUAACUCCAGCUCAGAAAAUCUGGAGGAUGUUCAGAGCUCUCGGAAACAUUGCAUUAGCUUACUCAUAUUCUCUCGUUUUGAUUGAAGUCCAGGACACAAUCAAAUCUUCCAAGUCCGAAAUUAAAGUGAUGAAGAAAGCCAACAUGGCAGGGGUGUUGAUAACAACAACGCUGUACUUGUCAUGUGCAUGCUUUGGCUACGCUGCAUUCGGGAACUAUGCGCAUGGCAACAUGCUCACCGGCUUUGGAUUCUACGAGCCCUUCUGGCUCAUCGACUUGGCCAACAUCUUCAUUGUGGUGCAUCUAGUGGGUGCAUAUCAGGUACUUGCACAACCCGUAUUUAGUGCGGUUGAAUCACAAGCCAGGCGGAGGUGGCCUAUGUCCAAGUUUGUAACGGCGGAAUACCCAGUUGGAAUUGGCAACAAAACCUUGAAUUUCAGCAUCAACUUCUUAAGACUAACUUGGAGAACCGUCUUUGUGGGGCUUGUAACUUCGGUUGCUAUGGCAUUCCCCUUCUUCAACGAGGUACUUGCACUCCUUGGAGCCAUUAGCUAUUGGCCGCUAACAGUCUAUUUCCCAGUGAAUAUGUACAUCGCCCAAAAGAAAAUUAGUCCAAGAACGAUUAGGUGGUUUGGGCUCCAAUUACUGAACUUUGUUUGUCUUCUUGUGGCCUUGGCUUCAGCAUGUGGCUCAGUUGAAGGGUUUGGUGAGGCUCUCCGUAUCUUCAAGUCCCCCAAUUGA